AUGUCUCGGGAAGCUCAAGAUGAUAUUGAUUUUCAAAAAUAUGCUGUUGACUAUAACCCCAUCAAAAUUGGUUCUAUAGAUGGCACUGAUACGGAGCCUCACGACCGAGCCAUCGUACGGGCGCUGAACUCGGAGUACACGCCUAAUAAACUGGUACAAGGUGACCAACACUACACGAUUUUCAUCGGCAGACUCAAUCCUAGAACUACACAGGAUACAAUAUUGGCAGAAUUUUCAAAAUUUGGUAAAGUCUUGUCGUGUCGCCUAGUAAAAGACAUAGUUACCGGGAAAUCGAAACAAUACGCGUUUGUAGAAUACGAGUCGUCCAGCAGCAUGGAGAAAGCUUUACGGGAAAUGCACAAGGAGUAUAUUGACGGAGCCGAGGUGCUGGUGGAGCGCGAGGCGGAGCGGCGGCUGCGGGGCUGGCGCCCGCGCCGGCUGGGCGGCGGCUUCGGCGGCCGCAAGCAGGCCGGCCAGCUGCGCUUCGGCUGCAGGGACCGACCCUUCAGGAGACCCUUUCUUAUAUCCUAA